GAAAGGCAAACACAGACCGGUCAGGUGAACGUCACACGGGGGGACAGUACCGGGCAACAUGGCGGACGAGUCGUCCCCGCUGGUCCGGAAAGACAAGUCGGAGAACGAAGGAGGGUCCGCCUUCACAUCCUCGCUGGGUGCUGUGAUCACGUGUCUUGCCAGCGCCAUCGGAACGGGGAAUAUAUGGAGAUUUCCCCGGAUCAUCGCCAACAACAGUGGAGAAAAGGGCUGCCUGCAGUUCCUGAUCGCCUGGGUGCCGUUCCUGAUCCUAUGGUGUGUGCCUGUGCUGGUGAUAGAGUACGGAGUGGGCAGGUACACGCGGAAGGCCACCGUCCUGUCCUUCGCACGGCUGCUGGGGCCCAUGUACGGCUGGCUCGGCGCCUGGAUCGUCCUCACCAGCUUCAUCAUUGGUUGUUUCUAUGCCGUUAUCGUCGGCUGGUACCUGUACUACCUGAUCAUCACCAUCGGCUGGGAGCUGCCAACAACACACGGAGAGAGUGAGGAAAUCUUCAGACAUUACACAGAGCAAACAGCCUUGCCUAUCCUCACUCAUGCCAUCAUUGUGGUCAUGACAGCGUUCGCCCUCCUGUAUGGAGUCAAAAUUUUCGAACCGCUUUUCAAGGUGAUGAUCCCCCUGCUGCUGGUGCUGAUGUUCGCCACCUUUAUCUGGUCCAUGACGCUUCCUCACGCCACGGCGGGCGUCACCUUCACGUUCUCUGCUGACUGGGAGGAGAUCGGGAAGCCUGGUCUGUGGGUGGACGCCCUGGUGCAGAACGCCUGGGAUACAGGUUCUGGAAGUGGACUGUUCCUGGUACUUGCCACCUACAUGACACGGACGCACGGAGUUGUCCGGUACAGCACUAUGGUACCAGUGAUCAACGAUCUAGUCAGGUUCGGUGAACAUAACGUUAACAUUUUUUCGGUCACCCAUAAAUUUGAUGGUACGUCGGGUCAUAUUUGUGAAUUUUUAUACUCCCUUCCCUCCCUCAGUUUGAUGUGCUCUCUGACGUUGUUCGGUGUCGUCUUCUCCUUCUACCUGACAGCCAAUCCCGGCAUGCCCCUGGCGCCCAUUGUAGACCUGCUGAAGGAGAACGGCCCGGCCAACACCGGACUCACACUCAUAUGGGUCCCAAUCCUGUACGGCACCAUGACGGGGGGACGGGUGCUGUGCGCCAUCUUCUUCCUGUGUGUGCUGAUGGCGGGGUGGAGCAGUCAUAUCACCAUUGUAGAGUCUGUGGUCAGGAACAUAGAGGACUUCGGAGUUCCAAGGAAACUGACUGUACUGGGCGUGACGAUUCUUAUGUUCCUGAUUGGUCUGCCAUCAGCACUGGACAUCAACUUUCUCGUAAAUCAGGAUUUUGUUUGGGGUUUCUCACUUCUGUUCUGUGGAACUGGACUGACGAUACUUGCUCUAAAGUUUGGGGUGCGGAAAUUCAGAGAUGUCGUUAUUAACGAGUACGGCUACCUGUUUGAUUGGCACCUGCCUGUCGUGUGGAUCUGGGUCAUUAGGUUGCUGAUUCCCGCGCAGGCGCUGUUCAUCUUCAUCUGGUGGACGAUCGAGCAGAUCCAGAGCGAGGUCCGGCCGUGGUACGAGCUGUGGCGGGAGUCUCUCAUGAUGUGCUGGGUCCAGUGGGCCGGUGCUGUGAUAGUGCUGUUAGGAUGUAAUCUGAUACUGGUGCGGUACUGGCCUGAUAUCUCCUACCGCUGGGGCAUGUACAGACAACACAUACAGGGCACAUCCAGUUCUGAGAAGGCUACAGAAAUUACCAUGGGCGGUGACGUCGACAGUCCGCUGGUUCUGACUGACAGCACACAUGCCUACGUGUCAGUAGGAGCAGACCAGACCGACAGGGUGUGAGACCUUUCAGGAGAACAUUGGUGUGAUACACCUUUCUGAUUUCUAACAAAUAUGUUUUAUGUUCUUGGUUAUGAUAACUGAGACAUUGACAGUGCAAUCAUUCCAUUUGUGUAAGUGACUCAAUAUUGAUAUACAUGUAGUUAAUUUGGUUUCCUAACAUGAAGAAGAGACCUUGCAAUUAUUUGUGUAAAUUUAUUGAAACACUUCCAAAGUUGGGGCCACCAAGUAACCCUAAAGGGAACUUGACAAAUGUGCAAUGCUUUAAUUCUAAGACUGGUGUAAUGACUUGCUCAAAGUGGUCUACCAAUGUAGAUCAUUGUACUGUCUGCAAUAUGCGGCAAUAUUUUGUUUCCACCAAAAUGGUGCAAAUAUUUAAGAUUACUGUAAUAGAGAAAAGCAAUUUUGUACAUAGAACAUUUUGUAAUUUGUGUAAAAAGAACCAAAAUGAUUAUGAAAUGUAAUUAUUAGUAAUGUCUUGUAAUAUGUUAUCCUGGAAAGUAAUCUGCAAUGGUAUAGUUGCACCUGUAGAGAUGUUGAAAUGCCACACGCACAAUUAUCUCCAUUUUCUGGACUUUGUGUAAUAACAUGAAAUGUGUAGAAAAUGUACAUGUGUGCAAUAUUGAAGAAAUCGACUUGCAAUAUGAAUGGACAAUUCUAGUGUUGAUUUGUGUACAAUGGACAUUCCAGUUCCCUACUACAGUCAAUUAUAAUGUUGGAAUUA